UCGAAAUACUUCUAUUUCUCAGUCAACUGUCUUUAAGAUUUGUUCUUCUUCUUAACCCUGUCUGGUUCUUCCACUUCAGUAUCCAAAAUUCGCUUGAGUGGUUUUCGAGUAAGGUCAUAGCCUGUUUUCUUCCUUUAUUUUCUUUGUUAAUUUCAGAUUUUCUUUUUCAGCCUUUUUUCAUGGAUUUGGAGAUUCUUUGGUCCUGUAUAAAACUGGAUUAACAAAAACAUGGACUAUGGAAGCGAGAUUUCAUCUUCUUUAACCUUUCCAUCCUCCUCUUAUCUAUCAAAUGGAUCCGGGUUCGGGUCUGGGAGUCACCUAAUGGGAGCUAGUUCGGAUCCUGAAGAGACGGACCUUGAAAAUUUGAGCCUAAACAAGCUCAGUGGCAACCUUGAAAACUUAGUGAUUAACGAGGAAUAUGAGAACUACAAUGAUGCUGAGAUAGUAGUGGAAGGCAAUGUUGUUGUGAGUGUCAAUAGGUGUAUCCUAGCUGCUCGAAGCCCUUACUUUCAUCAACUUUUCCGACAAGAUCCCAAAGAUGAUCGGAAACCAAAGUAUCUGAUGUCUGAAAUACUGCCAUUUGGUAAAGUGGGAUAUGAAGCUUUUAAAGUGUUCUUGCAGUAUUUGUACACAGGGAAGAUUAAAGCAUCACCGAGGGAUGUUUCAACAUGUGUAGAUGAGAGCUGUUCCCAUGAUGCUUGUGGCCCUCUUAUAAAUUAUGCUUUGGAGUUGAUGUAUGCUUCUGCAACUUUCCACACGAAGGAAUUGGUUUUGCUCGUGCAGCGUCAUCUUUUGAACAUUGUUGAGAAGGCUCUUAUAGAAGAUGUGAUCCCAGUUCUCGUAGCUGCCUUUCACUAUCAACUAAACCAGCUUUUAUCUCAAUGCUUCGAAAGAGUAGCAAAAUCUGACCUCGACAAUGUGUGUCUCGAGAAAGAACUACCUCCCGAAGUUUAUGCUAAGAUUCGGUCACUCCGACUCGUACCUGAGCUGGUCGAGUCCGACUUGGUCCACGAAAAGAAAAUCAAGAGAAUCCAUAAAGCACUAGAUUCUGAUGAUAUUGAACUAUUGGAGCUUCUCCUAAGGGAAUCAAAUGUCACAUUAGAUGAAGCUUAUGCACUUCACUAUGCUGUUGCCUAUUGUGAUCCCAAGAUUGUUAGUGAGGUACUUUGUCUCGGGCUAGCUAACGUCUAUCUCAAAGACCACCGAGGAUUCACGGCUCUUCACGUAGCCGCUAGACGUAAAGAACCAUCAGUGCUGGUGGCGUUGCUGAAUAAAGGAGCGAGUGUGACGGAAACUACAUUGGAUGGCCGAACUGCUGUUGAUAUUUGUAGGAGACUAACUCGGGUUAAGGAUUAUAAUGAGAAUAAAAAACAAGGGGCGCCAUCGAAUAAAGAUCGUUUAUGUAUUGAUGUACUUGAGGCGAAGAUGCGGUGCUCGGAAUCUGAGAAUUUGGGAGUUCCUACGCAAGUGAUUGCUUAUGAUUUACACAUGAAACUGGAUUACUAUGAAAAUCGAGUAUCAUUUGCAAGGUUGUUGUAUCCUGCGGAAGCCAAGGUAGCCAUGGAAAUUGCAGAGGCAGAUUCAAACAUAAGUGAGGCUGAUUUGAACGAAUCACCUACAUCACACACCAGAAGGCUUCAUUUGAGAUUGCAAACCCUCUUUAGAACAGUGGAAACUGGGAGGCGAUAUUUCCCACAUUGUGCUGAAGUGCUUGACAAGUUCUUGGUGGAUGAUAUGUCGGAUCCUUCUUUCUUUGAAGAUGGCAGUUCCGAAGAACAAAGAGUGAAGAAAAGACGAUUUACUGAACUGAAAGAAGAGUUAUUAGAAGCAUUUUACAAAGAUAAAGCUGAUCAAAAGAAGCAUAAUCAUAGGCCUGUAUUGUCACCUUCAUCUUCAUCUUCUUCAUCUACUACAAAACUGGGUUCUUCCACUCCUUACAAGCCUAGAAGAAAGUGAUUUUAUUAUUAUUUACUUUUUCUUCUAAUUUCUUUAAGUGGAAAGUUGAACUAUAAGAAGAUAAUAAAUAUAGUGUGUUUUCGGUGAAACUAUAUUACAUUUGUAUUAAGAGUCA